AUGAACGAAUCUAGUCCCAAUGAACAUGAUGACGAUGAUGAGACGGCACAAUUGCUUCUGGUUGAGCCGGUUCCCGUUUCGCACAAUAGUGUUCCACCCCAUAUUUUAAGAACUCUACAUGAUGAACCAAGAAUGUAUUAUCAACAAACCAGAAGAAGGAUUUAUUGGAUCACCGGUAUACUCUUGCUCAUAUUAGUCCUCACAAGUUUAAUUUAUAAUGACUUUAAGCACGUAACACGAGGACUCAUGUUUUCCAUCAAAAAUUUUGAAAUAAAUGAAUUAACCAAUCCUGGAAUUCUAUUUGGCAUUAGUGGCGUGAUGAGUUUCCAGUAUCUGGGCAUGUUUGAAUGGGUGUGUAAGCUCAAUGAAUCAGAGAUCCUGAUAUUUGAAAAUUUGAAGUUCUUCGCAAACGAUACACUGUUUGCCGAAUUGGAAACGAGAGGGACGAUUAUUGAUUUUACCAUUGAGGAGAACCAAUGGAGUUUCCAAUUAAACAACUCAAACUUAUGUAUACUCGAUGGUGAACAACUAGCUUAUUCAUUGCAGCGUAAGGAAAAUAUUAACCUCCGGACGAGGUUAGGUGUUAAUGGAUACCCGAUUUCCGUUAAUAAAAAUUUGAGAUUAGGUGGUAAUUUCGAUGAUAUUGAAACUCAAAUAGUUUCUCAAAUAAUUGAUGGAUUAUCGAUAAACCAGAUUGAACGUAUACAAUAUGAUCCCAAUAAAGGAUUUAUCGGUGCUGGAGAACUUUCCAUGGGAAAAAUUCACGGGUUGCCAUCUCUGAAUACUACUUUAAACGUCAACGUUAACGAUACCUUAUACCCCUUUCUUACGGUUGAAUUACAAAAGUCAAAAUCAAUACAUCCUUUCAAAUUUCUGUUUUUCAAUAUUCCUAUGGAGGUUUCAAACUACGGUAUUUUAGAUGAAAUAAUUGAUUGUCUGCUUAAUAAAGAGUCAUUCGACUUUGUGGUUAACGGUAAUGACGAUGGAAAAAAUAUAGGAGUGCCAUGGCUACAUGAAUUUUGGAAUAAUUUUCAAGUCAAUAUUCCCUUGAAUCUCUCAGAACUAGUGGCCAAGGUUAAUACGAGCAUGGAAAUUGAUCCGGUCUUUGGUGAUACCUAUGUUGAGGAUUUUGAAAUUGGUAUCAAAGAUGGAAGAGUUUGGAUAAGCUCCAUUUUUGAAACAAUAUUAAAACCUUAUUUCCAGUCCUUCUUCAUAAAUAUCAGUGGUGAUAUUAUAAUGGAAGGCUAUGAUAUUGCGAUCAACUGCAGCGUCUCUAAAAAUAGUGGAACAAACGAAGCGUUUUCAAAGUUUACUUUACAAGAUUUAUUGAUCGAUGUUAAUGAUGUUGAUGAGGGUGUUCGGUUUCUACAGAAUAUUUUGGAUAGAAACGAAGUUUACUCUAACUUUGAACUAGGCCUGUCAAUUCUUUUAACAACCCCUUACUAUACUGGAAAUCUAAAUUUGGACCAGUCAAUCUUUGUUGAUUUGACUAGCUUUACUUCUAUUUUUGAUAAUUUCAAAAUUUUAGAAAAGGGUAUGGAGCUAAUCGAUAUGAAACUGAUUGAAGGCGAUGAAGAGCAUAUGCAGUUUGACACACAGACAAAUAUGCGAUUACCUACCUUUAUUGAAAACAUAACUAAUGCAAUCGAUUUUGUCAAUUUGGUAUUGAAUCACCGUGGAAUACAACUGAUUGAAUUAACAAUACUUGACACGGAAUCAUCGAAUAAAGAUCUUCCUAUGGAGUUCAAAAUCGACAUCAAAACAAGAGGUAAUCAGCGUGCAAGUAAGUUUGAGGAAUUUGUAGGCCAAUUUAUUUCUGGCAAUACAAUGAACGCCACUAUCAAUGGGUUAUCGACUGAUGAUCUUCCAAGUAUUUCUGGUGCCAACGUUGGUAUUUGUAAAGUCUUUGAAAAAAUCAGGAUACCAAUCAACAUAACUUCUAGUGAUAUUGAGGGUAAUUCUGAUGGUAAAGGCUUUUUCAUUAGGGAUACAAUAAUGCAUUUAUUUACUAAGGAAGUUGAAAUGACUUUGUUUAAUCCAAUAAGUAACUCCAAUAUAAUCUUGGAAAUUGAUGAGGCUGAGGCCAUUAGUGAUGGGUACAGAAUUGGGUAUCUAAAAGAUGAAAUAGUCUGGAUUGUGAAGCCCGGAAUUUGGGAAAGUCCAAGGGCUAAAGUUGAAUAUGCCAACGUUGGAAGCGCAGGGUGGAAAAUCUUGGAGAACGCAAUCAGGGGAGACGGUUAUUUGAACAACAUGACUGUCAGAGCUGUUCUGCGUGUCAAAUUAAUGGAAGUUCCUCAAUGGUCAGGGAUGAAUAUCAUGUAUAGUGGUAAAGGUAAAGGUGGUAAGGUGAGAUGGUAA